GUUGUGAGUGCUUGCGUUUGUUUUCUUUUGAUGUGGAAAGAAGAAUAGAUUAUGUAUAAAAGUGCUGGUAUUUAGAAAGAAGAGAAAAAACAAUUAUUAACAUGUUGAUGUUAAAAACAACAAACUGCAUUAAUUGUUAAAGCUUAUUAUGAUGAUUUAAACCAAACUCAUCCCGAAAUUCGACGAUUUACAAUUGAUAUUGCAUCUGGUAGAAAUAUUUAUCAGGAAUUAGAAGCAAAAAUUGCUCAACUGAAUUCGGAUUAUGUCAAUGGUCAAUUUACACUUCAAUACAUCGACGAAGAUAAAGAUCGUAUAACAUUUUCAUCUAAUGAUGAAUUACGAUCCGCUAUUAGUGUGAAUAAUGAUGGCUUAAUAAAAAUAUUUGUUAAAUCAAAACAGCAACAGCGAAAAGGUGACGAAAAUAUUCAUCAUGCUGGUGUUAUAUGUGAUGGAUGUCAGGGUCAUGUGUAUGGUAUUCGUUAUAAAUGUGUUGAAUGUCCCGACUAUGACUUAUGUGAAACAUGUAUGAGCAAAGGUUUACAUUCAGAACAUAAUAUGUUAAUAUUGAUAAAACCAUGGUCACGUCAUUGUCCCUAUCUCGGUGGUCACCGAUUUGGAAAAAAUCUUUCAUCAUUUGGAGUUGAUCCGAAAAUGUCGACAACAACUACAAAUGAUACGAAUCCAGAAACGGCAAAACUAGAAGAAGCCGGUGCAGCAUGUUCUUCAGCAUCGACGUGCACAGAACCAAAAACAAACCCGCCAUCUUCACAACCAUCAUCUACCACAACAACCGGUGCAUCUGCCAACGUUUCACCAUGGGAACAACUAGCAUCCAUGUUUACUACAAUGAUGAAAAACCAAACCGCUCCGGCAACUAACGAAGCCGAUGAAGAGGCACGCGAAAAGAAAAAGAUAGAUGAAUGUGUCGAACGUAUGACUGCAAUGGGUUUUAUGAACACAAAUGGUGUAUUAGCAGAAUUAAUCAAGGCAAAAAACGGUGAUCUCAAUCAAGUGCUAGAUGCAUUAAAUCCAAGAAAUUACAACAAAAAUUAA